UCUACCUCAUCAAAUCAAAUCACAUUGAAUCAAAAAACAAAAGUCAAAAUCUCGUAAAAAAAUGUCAGGGAGAGGAAAGGGAGGCAAGGGAUUGGGAAAGGGAGGGGCCAAGAGGCAUCGUAAGGUUCUUCGUGAUAACAUCCAGGGUAUCACCAAGCCUGCGAUCCGUCGUCUAGCAAGGCGUGGUGGUGUCAAGCGUAUCAGUGGUCUUAUCUACGAGGAGACCAGAGGCGUGCUCAAGAUCUUCCUGGAGAAUGUGAUUCGUGAUGCUGUAACCUACACAGAGCACGCACGCCGCAAGACAGUGACUGCUAUGGAUGUCGUGUAUGCUUUGAAGAGGCAAGGCCGUACUCUUUAUGGUUUUGGUGGUUAAAGGAAUUUGGGGAUUUUCUGGGCUAGUGGUCGAUUUAGGGUGUUUUGUUUGUUCUUGUUAGGUACGUGGGUUGAUAGGCUUUAGGUAGACGUCUAAUUCUUGUAUUUUCAAAGCUGCAAGUGUCUCUCUCUUGAUGCUUGAUAAAUGAAAUGCUCCUUUUCCUUUUUA